AUGGUGAAAGAGUCAGGGCAAAAGCAUGGAGAUGGCAGCAAGAGUGGCACUUGUGUAUUUGUAAUACACAGAGCCGUCCUUUCCCCCUUGGCGGCUGCAGCGGAUGCUGCCUUGAAGGGCUCAGGAGGAGGAGUUGCAGGAGGCGGCAGCGGCGGCGGCGGCGGCGGCGGCGGGGACGGCGAUAUGGUCCGGAAAAAGAACCCCCCUCUGAGAAACAUUGCUAGUGAAGGCGAGGCACAGACCCUCGAACCUAUAGGUACAGAGAGCAAGGUAUCUGGAAGGAAUAAAGACUUUUCUGCAGAUCAGAUGCCAGAAAAUACUGACCAGAGUGACAGUGCAGAAGUGAACAACAAGGAGGGUCAUUGCCUGCAUGUCCAAGAUUCAUCUUCCAGCAUUAAGAAGGACUUAAAAAGUUCGGUCCUGAAUGAGAAGGCUGGCUUCAAUUAUGAAAGCCACAGUAAGGGAGGAAACAUUUCUUCCUUCCCUCAUGAUGAGGUGACAGACAGAAAUAUGUUGGCUUUCUCAUCUCCAGCUGCUGGAGGAGUCUGUGAGCCCUUCAAGUCUCCUCUAAGAUCAGAUACAGAUGACACCCAAGAUAUAGCCUGCACCCCAUCAGGGGACCCACUGGAGACAAAUGAAGAACAAAAGAUGUCACCCAAGGCUACAGAGGAGACAGGGCAAGUGCAGAGUGGUCAGACUGAUUGUCCAGGCUCCAGCCCAACUUCAGCGGCCUCAAAAAACCCACAAGUGCCUUCAGAUGGGGGUGUAAGACUCAAAUCCAAAACUGACUUACUGGUCAAUGAUAAUUCAGAUACGGCACCUCUGUCUCCAGAGCUUCAGGACUUCAAAUGCAACAUCUGUGGAUAUGGCUAUUACGGCAAUGAUCCCACAGAUCUGAUUAAGCACUUCCGCAAGUAUCACCUUGGAUUGCACAACCGCACCAGGCAAGAUGCUGAGCUUGACACCAAAAUCUUGGCCCUUCACAACAUGGUGCAGUUCAGUCACUCCAAAGACUUCCAGAAAGUCAACCGCACUGUGCUUUCCGGUGUGCUCCAGGACAUCAAUUCCUCCAGGCCUCUUUUACUAAACGGGACCUACGAUGUACAGGUCACUUCUGGUGGAACUUUCAUUGGCAUUGGACGCAAAACUCCCGAUUGCCAAGGAAACACCAAGUACUUCCGCUGUAAAUUCUGCAAUUUCACAUACAUGGGCAACUCCUCAACUGAACUAGAGCAACACUUUCUGCAGACUCACCCAAACAAAAUAAAAGCUUCUCUCCCCUCUUCUGAGUCUGGGAAAUCUUCAGAGAAAAACUCUAAUAAGUCCAGCCCUACUCUUCGAUCUUGUGAUUCUGGAGACUUGGGAAAGUGGCAAGACAAAAUUACCGUGAAAGCAGGAGAUGACACUCCUGUGGGUUACUCGGUGCCCAUCAAACCCAUUGAUUCUUCUAGACAAAAUGGUACAGAUGCCACCAGCUAUUACUGGUGUAAAUUUUGUAGUUUCAGCUGCGAAUCAUCCAGCUCCCUCAAACUGUUGGAACAUUAUAGUAAACAGCAUGGGGGAGGGCAGUCAGGAGGCCUUAAUCCAGACUUGAAUGAUAAGCUUUCCAGGGGCACUGUCAUUAACCAGAAUGAUCUAGCCAAAAAUACAGAGGGUGAGCCAGUAGCUAAGGCAGAAAAGGGCUCCAGUGCAGCUAAAAAGAAAGAUUUCUCUAGCAAAGGAGCAGAGGAUAACGUAGUGACAAGCUACAAUUGUCAGUUUUGUGACUUCAGGUACUCCAAGAGCCAUGGCCCUGAUGUAAUUGUGGUGGGGCCACUCCUUCGUCAUUAUCAACAACUACACAAUAUUCACAAAUGUACCAUUAAGCACUGUCCAUUCUGCCCCAGAGGCCUUUGCAGCCCUGAAAAGCACCUUGGAGAAAUUACUUAUCCGUUUGCUUGUAGAAAGAGUAAUUGUUCCCACUGCGCGCUCUUACUCUUGCACCUGUCUCCUGGGGCCACAGGAAGCUCCAGAGUUAAACAUCAGUGCCAUCAAUGCUCAUUCUCUACACUCGAUGUUGAUGUUCUCCUGUUUCAUUAUGAGAAUGUGCAUGAAUCCCAGGCGUCUGAUGUCAAACAAGAAACAAAUCACCUGCCAGGGACAGAUGGGCAUCUGACUGUCAAAGAAAACAAAGAACACUCAUGUACCAAAUGUGACUUUAUUACCCAGGUGGAAGAAGAGAUUUUCCGACACUACAGGAGAGCGCAUAACUGCUAUAAAUGCCGUCAGUGCCGCUUCACAGCUGCUGAUACCCAGUCACUACUAGAGCACUUCAACACUGUGCAUUGCCAGGAAUUGGAUAUCACUACGGCCAAUGGAGAAGAGGAUAGCCAUGGUGUUUCAGCUAUCAAGGAGGAACCCAAAAUUGACCUCAAGGUCUAUAGUCUAAUCAAUCCAGAUUCUAAAAUGGGGGAGCCAGUCUCUGAUGCCAUAGUGAAGAGGGAGAAACUGGAAGACAAGGAAGGGCUUAAGGAGAAAGGUUGGACUGAUGGUUCCAGUGACGAUCUUAGAAAUGUGACCUGGAGAGGAGCAGAAAUUUUAAGGGGCAGCCCAUCUUAUACUCAAACAAGCUUAGGUCUCCUGACUCCUGUGUCUGGUACUCAAGAGCAGCCGAAAACUUUAAGGGAUAGCCCUAAUGUAGAAGCUGCCCACCUGGCACGACCUAUUUAUGGCUUGCCUGUUGAGACCAAGGGAUUCCUGCAAGGAGUGCCCACUGGAGGAGGAGAGAAAUCUGGAUCCCUUACACAGCAGUAUCCUGCAUCAGGUGAAAACAAGUCUAAGGAUGAGUCGCAGUCCCUGUUACGGGAUCAUAUUAUGGUAUAG